GGCGGAGGGGAAAAUCCUGAACUGUUUUAGACCGAUUUCAGGGGAAUCUUUCGAGCACACUCAACAAAAACGAGUUCAACAAAAAUAUGGACGACGAUGAUCCCGUUGUGGAGGAGAUACCGGUGUUCCUGUCGAAGAACCUGCAGGACAGCUUGUAUCUCUUCCAAUACCCUACGAAAACGGAGCUGCCAAACCACGACGGCUCCGUGGUAGUGAACUGCUGCGUGAAACCCUUUGCCCAGGAGGUAAAGGUAGACUUUGGCCUGGACAUUGAGUCCACGCACUUCGAUCGGUUCAAAGGCGAGCAGUUCGCGGUGGCUGCCGACGGUAAGAACACGUACGGAGCCGCGCCGCCCAAGGGUCAGGAGAGACCCACUUAUAAGCGUGGCAUCAUGGACAAGCAGGCCUUUGUCAGCAGCCGGUCCAUCACCGAUGUCAGCAAGUAUAUUGUGGGCAUCUACACCGAUCGGGAGGUCCACCUGUCCCCGCUCACCUCCAUCGUUCAGCUGCGGCCGGCUCUCAGCCAUUUCGACAAGGAGGACAAGCGAAAGAAGGCGGAACAGAAGGCCCAAACAGAGGACGCCGACGACGAUGAGGUGCUGCAGCAGGUUACGGUGAAGUUUGCCCGCGGUAAUGCCAAAACCUCAAGCGGAAAGGAGCAGCGCGCCGGCACUUACGAUGGAUUCGUACAGCGGAUCGCGGACGAGCCGUGGUGCGAGGCCUAUUGGCAUGCGAGGGGCACUCCAACAGCCGAGUUGGAGCGCCAGAAGCUAUUCGCCACCAGUCACCAGGGCAAUCAGGCGCUAUCCCUCGGUCCAUCGGACUAUCUCCGCCGCCUACUGCCCUAUGACGAGCAUGUACAGCCGGUGGACACGGCACCCACUGCCGGAGCAGCUGCCGCAGCUCAAGUACUGCCCGUUUACAACAAGGCCAUGUUGCGCACGAUGCCACUGCUGGAGCAGCUGAGGGUUCUCCUGCGUGAUGCCAGAAUGCUCUCCUUUGCCGAUGUCAUUGAGAUACUCACCGAGCACGUGGAUUCGCAUGUGUCGCCGGAGAAGGUACUGGCCCUGCUCCCCCAAGUGGGCAUCCUGCUGCACGGCAACUGGGUUCCACGGUCCGAGGUGGUCUUCCCUGAGCGAAUGCUGUCCCACGCCAACGGCGUGCCCGCCGAGCAGAUGAUUCGCGCCAGGGAUUACAUACUUUUUCGGUUUUCCCGCACCACUGGCCUGUUCCGCGCACAGGUUAUGGCCGCCACCCAGCUGCCGCCCGCAGAAACCCUGGACGUGCUGCGGACGGUGGCUCGUGUGAAUAAUGCGAAACGGUGGGAGCUGCUACUGCCACCGGACAAGGAGUUCGAGCAGAAGCAUCCAGAGUUGGUGCAGCGCCAGGAAUACCAUUGGCUCGCCUCUGAGCAGCACUACAAUGAGAUGGACUGGGCUCGUGAGACGAAGCGCGUGCGCAAGCGGUCUACGCGCAAGAGCGAGUCCCAGUCAUCGUCCAUGCAGCCGCCACCGCCCGCCCUGAAUCCUCCAGCAGCUGCGGAAGCGUAGCAUCCGGGCACCUCCGAAUGGCGGAGAGGGCGGCGCAGUGGAAGUCUUAUACAUUUAGGCACUAAUAAAACCCAGACAAGCAUCUUUA